AUGCUGGCUGCCUGAGUGAUCUGCUGACCACGAAAACACAGUGAAGUGGUGAGGGCAAGAACAUUCAGAGCUUUGUCUUAAAGGGAAACAGGAGCAUUUGGGCCUCACCAUUUCCCUGGUCUGGGUUUCCGUACAGCAGAAGGAAAAUGGCGGAAUUGAAGUACAUUUCUGGAUUUGGGAAUGAGUGCGCUUCAGAGGACCCCCGCUGUCCUGGCUCCCUGCCAGAAGGACAGAAUAAUCCUCAGGUCUGCCCCUACAAUCUCUAUGCUGAGCAGCUCUCGGGAUCAGCCUUCACUUGUCCACGGAGCACCAAUAAGAGAAGCUGGCUAUACAGGAUUCUACCUUCAGUUUCUCAUAAGCCCUUUGAGUCCAUUGACCGAGGCCACAUCACUCACAACUGGGAUGAAGUUGGUUCUGAUCCUAACCAGCUGAGAUGGAAACCAUUUGAGAUUCCCAAAGCAUCUCAGAAGAAAGUGGACUUUGUGAGUGGCCUGCACACCUUGUGUGGAGCUGGAGACAUCAGGUCUAACAAUGGACUUGCCAUCCAUAUUUUCCUAUGCAACUCCUCCAUGGAGAAUAGAUGCCUUUAUAAUUCAGAUGGGGAUUUUCUGAUUGUUCCCCAGAAAGGGAAGCUUCUCAUUUAUACAGAGUUUGGCAAGAUGCUCCUGCAGCCCAAUGAGAUCUGCGUCAUUCAGAGAGGAAUGCGCUUCAGCAUUGAUGUCUUCGAGGAGACCAGGGGCUACAUCCUGGAGGUCUACGGUGUUCACUUUGAGUUACCUGACCUGGGACCCAUUGGAGCAAAUGGCUUGGCCAAUCCUCGUGAUUUUUUGAUACCUGUUGCCUGGUAUGAAGAUCGCCAAGUACCAGGCGGUUACACUGUGAUUAAUAAAUACCAUGGCAAUCUGUUUGCUGCCAAACAGGAAGUCUCUCCAUUUAAUGUUGUGGCCUGGCAUGGAAACUAUACACCCUACAAGUACAACCUAGAGAACUUUAUGGCCAUCAAUGCUGUGGCCUUUGACCAUGCAGAUCCAUCCAUUUUCACAGUGCUGACUGCCAAGUCUGUCCGCCCAGGAGUGGCCAUCGCAGACUUUGUCAUUUUCCCACCUCGGUGGGGGGUUGCAGAUAAAACUUUCAGGCCUCCUUAUUACCACAGGAACUGCAUGAGUGAAUUCAUGGGACUCAUCAAAGGUCACUAUGAGGCAAAGCAAGAUGGAUUCAUGCCAGGGGGAGGCAGCCUUCACAGUGCCAUGACCCCUCAUGGACCUGAUGCAGACUGUUUUGAGAAGGCCAGCAUGGCCAAGCUGGUACCUGAAAGGAUUGCUGAUGGCACCAUGAAUGGGUGUGCUAUCCAUCCCAGAAGAUAUCUGUGACUCGACCUCAUGGAGUGUUCAAUAAGUUCAAAUGCAAGGGAAUAUUACUAAGUGAAGAGCCUUCUUGUGUCCUAAUGCAGCCUUGGGUGUGUGCUCUGUCUCAGAGUAUUCUGUUUUGGGUAUUGUUCCUGGAGGACUGAAAUAGCAGAGGAGGCAGGAUGUCACCUUCAACCAGUUUCUAAAGAGCCAAGGAAGGUCAGGAAGCCUUUGCCUCACUGUCGUCAGGGCUUGUAAGCAGCAAUUCUCCACUGUCUUCUCAUUUUCUUUGUUCUGCUUUGGCAUGGGAUGAAACGGAUGGGAUUUAAAACCUGUUUUGUAUUCCUCCUGUGUCAGGCUGUAAACAUUGAAGCUGAACACAAUUGCAGUUGGCUGUGGUACUUGAUUUGAUUUUAUUUUGCUUUCUUGGAGGUAGACUUAAUGGACCCCAAGAAAUAAUUUUAUGCUAAACCAUAUGCAAAUUUGCUUUACAGUUUUAAACAAAUGCCUUCAAGGCUACAUAGUUUAAAGCCUGCAACAAAGACCUGCUUGACUCUAUGCCCAGUGUGUACACUACCUAAAGGAGAGUGUCAGCAGUCCAUCUGUCCAAUGUGGUUUGCUUUUUAGUCUCAACCCCAAAGCCAGAGCUGCUCUGGUGGAGGAAGGGAUACAAAGUCCUUCCUAUCAUCUGGCCUCAACUCUAUUUCCUUUUUCAAAGGCCUUUCGGGACUAUCUCUAGGCCCCACACAUCUCUGUGAGACACAGUUUGACGAUCUUAGUUAAGGUAUUGCUUCCAACAGCUCUUGAAAGUACAUGAGCUUCCCUGUGGUUGUUCCUUAAUUACCUUUGGACCUCCAAAUGGGCUUUUGAAAGUCAUGCUGCCGGGAAGCAGUGUCCCACACAGUGAAGCAUAGGACAGAACUGUUUUCAGAAGGAGUGAGAAUUUGAGUAAUGGCUAAGACUUGGAUUAUAAGUGAGAAAGAGCUCGCCUGGUAAAAGGCCUAGGAUGACAGGAGACUAUCUGGAUACCUGGGAGCCUAGAACAUCUGGUAGGUGAGGACCCAAUACUUUAUCUAGACCUAACUUUAUGUCCCCUUCAUCGUAUCUCAUUAUAUAACUUAGACAAAGGUCAAUCUGCUUUAUCCUUAUUCCAAUGUGAAGCAAUUAACUACAUACAAUCCUGGCUUCACAGCUCAACCAGUGAAGUUUCUAAGAAGCAGCCAACAGAAGACAACAAUAAUAAUGGUCAUAAUUACUCUUAUGUGUAAUUAGUGCUUUAUACCUUACAUAACACGUCCCUGCCGUCUCAUCCAAUCCUCACACAAAGUCUGUCAUGGAUGUCAGGCAAAGAUAUUCACCUCCACUGAUACAAGCAAAAGGAAAUUAACACGAGACUCUAUAUAUCAGUGUCAGUGCUCUGAACGGUGUCACAGAAGAAUUAUAUGCUUUUUCUUUGGCCUGUCUAUAGUGUUUUUAAUUUCCUAAUAAAAGCAGUAAGAAUUGUAAGAUUUAGAUUAUUUGUUCUUAUUUUAUAAAAGCUACUAUGAGCAGAAAAAAUCAGCAGAUGAUAAAAGCUGAAAUGUCUAGGAUAUACAGAAUAUUCUUUCUGUUGUGGUCAGAAACCUCUAGAACAUAAUGGGGUAUCCAGUUGUUUAGACACUUUGAGGACCAUUUCCUCUCUACGCUUCCUUUUCUUUUUCUCAACUCUUGGUCAUAUUCUUGAGAAAGAAGGCUAAAAUCUCAGUUCUAUCAUGACUUACUGCCUUAGACAAGCCAUUUCCCAGUUCUGAACUUAGUUUUCUUCUUUGCUAAAUGAGAGUAUGCCCUCCCUCCCUCACAAGGACAUCACCACAGUAAAUGAUAGUCCCUGAAAAGAAUAUCCCAGGAUUUUCCCACCUUUGCCCUCAGAGCAAAUUUACCUUCAGAGUUUCUUGAAAGCAAUGUGAGUCCCACAAAGUGAAACUCAGGUCAUGAGUAGUUCUUACAUGCAGUCUCACUAGCUUAUAGGCAUAAGACCAGAUCUAUAACCAAGGGGCUGGAGAGAUGGUUCAGCAGUUAAGAGCCCUGACUGUUCUUGGAGAGGAUCCACAGGGCGUAGGUUUCCUCUCCUCAUCAUGCCAGAACGUUUUGUCUGCUUGUGCCAUCUCUUACCAUCUGAUUGAUUUUCACCUUACCUUCAUUUUAUUUC